UAUCAAAUGUUUUGAUGGAAAAUCAAAGUGGGUGGGGUGACUAGACCCCACUUGUCCCUCCAGGGGAACUAGUUAGUUUGGGAAAUUAAGUAGUACCCAAUUUUGUUCGUCUUCCCAUUUUUUGUGCUUUUAGGGUUUUGCAUUUCAUCGUUCUCUCUCUAGAGUGAAGAGUCAUGACUGCACAGACUCAGGAAGAGCUGCUCGCUGCCCAUCUGGACCAGCAGAAGAUUAACCCUGAUGACCCUGUGGUUGAAGACGACGAGGAGGACGACGACGACGACGAUGAUGAUGACAAGGACGAUGACGAGGCUGAAGGAGAACAAGGUGGAGAUGCAAGCAGUAGGUCAAAGCAAAGCAGGAGCGAAAAGAAGAGUCGCAAAGCAAUGUUGAAGCUGGGUAUGAAACCAAUCCCUGGUGUCAGCCGUGUUACGGUCAAGAAGAGCAAGAAUAUCCUGUUUGUCAUCUCAAAACCCGAUGUAUUCAAGAGCCCAGCAUCAGACACAUAUGUUAUAUUUGGAGAAGCAAAGAUAGAAGACUUGAGCUCGCAACUACAGAGUCAGGCUGCAGAGCAAUUCAAGGCUCCUGAUUUGAGUCAUGUGAUUUCCAAGCCGGAGUCUUCUGCCAUGGCUCAAGAUGAUGAAGAUGUUGACGAGACAGGGGUGGAGCCCAAGGACAUCGAAUUGGUGAUGACCCAGGCUGGAGUAUCUAGGCCAAAGGCUGUCAGGGCUCUCAAGGCCGCUGAUGGAGACAUAGUUUCUGCCAUUAUGGAGUUGACCAAUUGAGGCCGAGUGUUGUUCUUUUCGCGUUAUGUGACGAUUUGAGAAGUUUUUAAUUUUUGGUUUUCUCGAGCAUGUGUGCGGACCUUUUUAUCUUGCUUUCUUCUGUUGUAUUAGUAACAGUCAGGAAACCCGUAUUCUCUUGCCUAUGAUAAAUGAAGCUUGCAUUGCCAAUAAA